AUGGAGGCUCCUAGGAAGAGUAAUGUGACCUAUCAUUUCUUCGAUACCAAGAUCGACCCAUUGCGUCAGAUAAAAGCUUUGAUUACUCCUGACCAUGUGGGUUUAUUCCGGGAUACUUAUGGCAACAUCUUGCCUAUGGUUGAAGACUUGGAUGCUCCUCAGAGGAGUCUGAUACAUACUUGCUUCCAGUUUUAUGAUCCUCAGUUGCGUUGCUUCACUUUUCAGGAUUUCCAGUUGGCUCCUUUAUUGGAAGAGUAUGCUAUGAUCUUGGGUGUUCCUCUACAACAUUGUGUCCAUUUCAACUCCGAUAUACCUCCACUAGAGCAUAAGGAUAUUGCUAAGGCUCUUCAUCUGGAAGUGUUUGUUGUAAAGGAAAAUCUCUCUUCUAAGGGAGGUCUGUCUGGUUUCCAUCUGGAUUUUUUGGUAGCCAAAGCCGAAGAGUGUGCUGCUCAAGGCAAUUGGGAGGUUGUGUGUGCUCUGCUAGCAUUGAGUGUCUAUGGUAUUAUGUUAUUCGUCGAUGAACCGAAGUUUGUGAGUAUGAGUGUUAUUCAUAUCUUUCUGCUAAAGAACCCGGUUCCCACCCUUCAUGGUGAUUUCUAUUUUUCGGUGCACAACAAGAAUGAGAAGAGACGAGGGAGAUUGGUCAGAUGUUGCGCUCCAUUGUUCCAUAAGUUGCUUAUGAGGCACUUGCCAAAUGACGAUGCUUUUCUAAAUCCGCAUCAAGCCAGGAAUUGGGCUAGAAGCUGUGGGAAAUACCCUAAUGUACCAUUGUUGGGUAUGAAGGGUUGUAUCAACUAUAACCCGAUUCUUUUGAGAAGACAAUUAGGGUAUGCCCUGACUCACGCUUCUAAGGAUCAAGAUCUGGUGGAAUCUUUCUACUUCCCUGUGCAAGAUAAUCUAGAACUGGUUAAGCAAGCUGCUGGAGCUUGGAGGAAUAUUCAGACUAAAGGUGCUACUGUCUAUGGAAAAUGUAACAACAUCUUUUCUUCCCAGUAUGAUAGUUGGUUGCGAGAAAGAGCUCGGAUUACUCUUCUACCUUUCUCUAUGGGAGAACCAUCUGAUCUGGUUAUUGUUGAGUCUGUAUAUUCAGUCAGCAUGGUUGAGUACAACAGUUUGAAGCAAGAAAAGGGAAAAGCCGCUAAGUUGAAUGCGAAGCUGAGUGAAGGCCUCAGGAAGACUUUGUGCGCUAAGAAAGAAGUUGAGAGAGAAGUUCAGAGAUUGAAUGAGCUUCAAAAACAAAGCAAUAAGAGGAUUGCUGAAGAUGUUGAUUAUAUCCGUAAAGUCUGUUCAGGCACAAUUCCAGAAAUCCACAUCAAAAACUAG